CCUCUUCAAAGAGACGGGAGAAACCAGAAUAUUUUGCAGGGUAUUUAGAGAAAAGUGCGAGACCAAUAUUACACAUUAUUAAUGUAAAUUAUCAGAUAAUUGUAAAAUUUAGAAUCGAUCUAAUGUAAUAGGAGACUGAGGACCUCCAUCUUCUUUGAUGUGCUUCUCACCAAAUGCAGAUGGUUUUUUCUGGUAACUCUGCUGGUUUCUUCCACUCAGCUAUAUCCUUUAGGUACAAUGGCCUCUCUGUGGUCUAUCUGCUUUUCCUCCUGACACUACCACUGCUGCCCAAUCCCAGUCAAUGCAGCAUGAGGGGAAAGACAGGCAGGUUCCUGAUGCUGCUCUGCUACACCAGUGUGACAUUCCUGUGUCUCCAGUGUGGAAUGCAGAUCCCCUUCUCCUAUAUACCGAAAGACAUAAGCGGUAUUUGGGAGACCGUCCUCUAUCAUCUUGGCAUUGUGAGGUUCAGUGAUGUUGAUCCUGGAAAUAUUGUGCGGCUGUUAGCGCCAGACUUUGGCCUCUUGGUGUCUGGACUAUUCAUCUGGCGCAUGUGUAGACGGGUUCUGCGGCAGCCAGUGGUUCUGAGUGUCCAUGAAAACUGCAUCAUGCCCUCUGACCCUGAGACGGACGUGGAGUCCACUGAAUCUGAGACGGAGGAGGAUGAGAGUGAGGUGGGCUCCACGUGGGACAGCUCGGACGAGAGCAGAGACCAGGUAGCGUCCGCCCCCCCUGCGUUCGUGCAGAAACUGAUGGUCUUUGCCGCCGGGCUGAGGUUGCUGCUGUCCACGGUCAUGAACACGGCAGGAAAGGUGGUGGUGACAAUCCAGCUGGCAAUGGCAGGUAUUGCACUGCCCUCUCUGACAUCCACGGUAUAUUUUGGGACGUUUCUGACCCUGGUGUGGCUGUGGGUGUACGGCCGCCCACUCUCCCUGCUGGUGUUCAGUAGCCUCUGUGUGAUGAUGACCAUAUUCAGCGCUGGCCACAUCAUGAGCCUCUACCUUUACCAGUUGCCUUUGCCCCAAGAGUGGGUGGCUCCUCAGGACACCUAUGCCAGACUGUUUGGCAUGACGGCGUUCAUUCGGACCAAUGGAUCAGACCCACACAGCCUCCUGCUGCAGCCGGAUUUCUCAUGGCCAGUAGUCAUCAACGCUCUGGUCCUCCUGAUGCUCUACUACACCCUCGUGGCCCUGCUGCACAAGUGGGUCCACAUUGAUGCAGAGGACGCUGAAGAAGCUGACCAGUCUGCUAUGUGUGAGGUUCCUCCUAGUUUCUCAGAGGCUGUGUUACCAUCGCCUAUCAAACCAGAGGUAGUUAAUAUGGUGAUGCUCAACAGCUGGGAGAAGAACAGCAUCCCUUCACAGGACUCUCCGGUCUCAGACACCAUGUACCCAGAGUGCUUUGUACUUCCUGUGUAUCGACUGCAAGAAUAUCCAAGCUAUGGGUCAGAGGAGGUCAAGACGGAGGGAACAGAGGGGACUGAUGAAGAGAAUGAUGACGACUUAUUCAGUGUCUCCGAGGCAACAGCUCCAGCUGCUUCACCCAGUGGACUUGCUCUCUUUGGGAUCUUCAUCAUGAAACAGAGUUAUGUCAGCGCCCUCAUCAUCAUGAUGGUAUGGAGCAUCACCUACACCUCCUGGCUGGGGUUUGCCCUGCUGGUAUGGUCCUGUGUGAUCUGGAUGAUGAGGGACCGCCGCUACUACGCCAUGCUCAGUGCACCUUUCCUGGCUGUCUAUGGCACCACGCUUCUUGUGGCCAGCUUCAUCAGUGGCUUUAGGUUGAAGAGAGAAGAGCUUUUCCCCAGGGUGCCCAAAGCAGUGCUUAUUGACUUUGAUCUCUAUGGUUACGAGGCUCCGUGUGUUCACCUGAGUGUAAAGGUGAUGUAUACCUUCAGCUUCUGGUUGCUGCUGCGUCAACAGCUAAGGGAAAAAGAGGAAGACAGCAAGCUGAAGCAUAAAAGUGUGGAUGGUAAAACUGAAACAUCUGAUGAGGGUCAAUCCUCUGGACUGGUGUCCAUUCUAGGAGGACUUGUGAAAGGAACGCUGGUCAAAUACUGGAUCUUCCUCUGCUGCUCAAUGUUCUUUGUGGUCAGUUUCUCUGGAAAGGUGGCCGUGUACAAGAUCCUCUAUAUUGGCCUCUUCCUUUUCUGCGUGGUACUUUAUCAGGUGCGCUACGAUUUGUGGAGGCGCGUACUGAAAUACUUCUGGGCAGUGGUGGUGGGCUACUCCAUGUUCGUGCUGAUCCUGAUCUACAUGUACCAGUUUAAGACCGUGUCUGGACUCUUCAGACAGGUCAUGGGAAUGUCAGAAGAGGGGCUGCGUGACCUGGGUCUGGAGCAGUACGACACCGUGGAGCUGUUUGCACGCAUCCUGCUGCCAGCCGUCUUCCUACUGGCCUGCAUCCUGCAGCUGCACUACUUCAACUCUGAUUUCCUCGCUCUCACUGACCUGGAGAACAUCUCUGUCCAGGAUAAAUCCGCCAGUGAGGAGGAACUGAGAGAGAAAGUGACGGUGAUUUCUGACACGAUCAAGGAAAAUCUUGAAAACCUCCAACAGCGACUCAAAAAAGAACAAACAAGUGGAGGGAGUAAUGCCACCCUGGAUAAGGACAUGCUCUCCUCUACAGAGAAUAUAGAAGAGGAGACAGAUGAAGAAGAAGAGAUGCCUGUGAACACAUGGCUGUUGGUUGUGGAUCAUGCCAGUGUGCUCACCCUGCAGGCGAUUUAUCUCCUGCGUAAGACACAGGCCCUCUGCUGGCGGCUGCUGGAACUGCACAGCCUUAAACUCCUCUCCACUGGGAUCAUCUGGGUUAGCUUGCAGGAGGUGUCCUUGAUGAACUUUGUGUUCCUGGUGUUCUGGACACUCGCCCUGCCCUUUCCCCAGCUCCGGCAGCUGGCCUCCAGUGUGUCGUCCGUGUGGGCGUGCGUGAUGGUGGUGUGCAAGAUGAUGUAUCAGCUCAAAGUCAUCAAACCGCUGGAGUACUCCUCCAACUGCACCUCUGGGCUGGUAUCGGUUAAUGGCAGUUGGUCUGUCCCUAACUUGGAAGAGCUGCUGACCAAAUCCAUUUUGUACGUGGAACCUGUGGACCCCGCUAUAUGGUGUGGGGCUCUACACAAGUGUGGAGAUCGUAUUCUGCCUUGUCUUCAGAACCACUUGCUGGUGCUGGGUUUGCUUGUGUUUGAUGUGACCAUCCAUCGGCAUCAGCUUCACUACCGUCUCUCUAACGACCUAAAAGUCCCACCGGCAGGCACCAUCUUCCAGGGUAUCACUCGGCAGCACCUAGACCACGGCCUUCUACCCUGUCUGAAGUACUUUAUCAACUACUUCUUCUACAAGUUUGGCCUUGAGGUGUGUUUUGUGGUUGCUGUGAAUGUGAUCGGCCAAAGAAUGGACUUUUUUGCUCUGCUGCACUCGUUUGCUCUAAUACUGGUCCUGUCUCACCGAAGAAGGAAAUCUAUAGGAGAGGUGUGGCCUAAAUAUUGCUGCUUCACUGCCAGCCUCAUGAUACUGCAGUAUCUUCUGUGUGUGGGAUUCCCACCAGCGUUUUGCUUUGACUACCCUUGGAGGACAUCUGCAGGUGCUCUCACCUCCAACCUGAUCAAGUGGCUCUACCUUCCUGACUAUGCCAUGCAACCUGAUCCUGCCUUCAUCCUCUAUGACUACCUCCUCUUGCUGGUGGCCUCUCUGCAGUGGCAGGUGUUUGAGGAGGAGAACCGGGCUGCCGUGCGUCUGCUCGCUGGAGAGAACGUGGAGAUCAGCCGCACCCUGGACUCCUGCAGCCUCAACCAAUACACGCCCGUCAGCAACUUCCUCCAUUGCAGAUCUUACCUGGAUAUGGUGAAAGUGUUUGUGUUCAGCUACUUCUUCUGGCUGGUGCUGUGUCUCAUCUUCAUCACGGGGACAACACGGAUAAACGUGUUCUGUUUGGGCUACCUGCUGGCCUGCUUCUACUUCAUGCUGUUUGGAGGUUCCCUGUUGAUGCAGCCGGUCUGCUAUGUGCUUCGCCUGUGGGACUGGCUCAUUGCUUACACAUGCGUGGUCAUCUGCCUCAAGAACCUGCUGUCUCUCGGCUCUUGUGUGUACCUUGGCAGCCUGCUGAAAAAUGGCUGCUGGCUGAUCCAGGCCUUUAGCAUGUUUUGCACCAUUAAAGGCUAUGAUCUCCCUGCCCCAGAUGAUGAGUGUGAACUACCAGAAGGAGAAGCAGGGAUUGUAUGGGACGCAAUAUGUUUCACUGUCCUUCUGGUCCAGAGGAGAAUCUUCCAAAGUUACUAUUUCCUCUACGUGGUUUCUGACCUCAAAGCUUCUAAAAUCCUUGCCUCCAGGGGUGCUGAGCUUUUUGAAGCAAAAGUGAAGAAACGUGUGGCAGCCCGACUGGAGUUGGAGAAGAAAUCUGUGGAGGCCCUAAAGAAAGACAUGGAGAAAAUCAAAUCCAAACAGAAAAGUCGUCCACCGAAGGAGAUGUCAACAAACCUAGAACCCAAAGGGAAUCUCCAAGACAACGAUAGUGGGAAAUGGGCGAGACCUUGGGUUUCUCAACCUGGUGUUGGAGAUUCCUGUGGCUAUCAGCUGUUUGAGAGUGACAGUGAAGUAGAGGAGGAGGAGCCACAGGACCAGACAGAGGAGGACACACCUCCUAAGAAAAAGUCAGCUUUCCAGCUUGCAUAUAAGGUGUGGGUGGCUGGUGCAAAAUCUGCUCUGAAGGGCCACAAGAAAGAAGAGUCCAAUCUGAAGAGAGAGGAGAGGCGGCGAGCCCGAAGAGAACUACAGAAGCAGAAAGGACUGGAGAGAGUUGAGUCAAGUGAAGAUGAACUGGAGGAGGAAGAAGAGGAAGAGGAGGAAGCAGAGAACAUAUUCCAGCGGAUCAUCAGCUCCUUGACAUUAGUUUGGGUCUUCCUCCUGUCCCUCAUCGAUGACCUCACAGGAGGACUCCACUCUUUCUGUAAGGACAACCUGGACAUUUCUCGAGUCCUGAAUCAUGAGCGGGCCCUACUGAGCCAACAGCAAAAUAAGGGGAGGAAGGUGACGCACGAGAGCAUCAGGCAGUACUACCAGAACUGGAUGUCCCGCCAGAACACGCAGGCGUCGCUGGACCAGGAUGAGGAGCUGGGAUCUCCCGCCUCCCCUCCACCCCUGCCCCACUCACCCCGAGGGUACAAAAAACUCCAGAGUGUCGGCUCAAAAUUCUCCUGGGGUAGCAGCGUAUCCAGCUGUCUCACUGAUGAUACAUUGCUGGGCUCUCGGCAGCCCACGCUGGAGGAUCUGGACGCGCCGCCUCCACCACCGAACACUGGUCUGGAGCUCCGCCGCAAGCUCCUCAAAUCAGCUCGCAUAGACCUGAGCUCUUUUGACAGCGACGAGCCUCCUCCAGCUGUUGUAGAUGGAGAGAGGAAUGCUAUUGAAGAGACUGAUGCUGUUGAAGAUGAUGGUGCUAUUGAAGAGACUGAUGCUGUUGAAGAUGAUGGUGCUAUUGAAGAGACUGAUGCUGUUGAAGAGGAUGGUGCUAUUGAAGAGAGUGAUGCUGUUGAAGAGGAUGGUGCUAUUGAAGAGAGUGAUGCUGUUGAAGAUGAUGGUGCUAUUGAAGAGAGUGAGGCUGUUGAAGAGAAGGAUGCUUCUGGAGAGAGUGAGGCUGUUGAAGAGAAGGAUGCUUCUGGAGAGAGUGAUGCUGUUGAAGGAAGUGAGACUGAAGAGGAGAUCGAUGAGGAACUUGAGGAGCAUGCACAAGAGACCGUGCAGUACCUGGAGUCGUGUGACAAAAAGUCAGAGGAGGACCCGGGUGAAGCCACCCCAGAGCCUGCUCCCCUGAGUGAACAGACACGAGCCCUGACAGCCAGUGAGCUGCUGCUUAAUGAUAUGUUCCAAAACCCAGAGAUUGAGGAGUCCGACAAGUUCUACCAAGUUCUCCCCCGGCCCCUGAGGUUGCUGUUCGCCCUCUACAACACUAUGGUGUCUCAGUCGGAGAUGCUGUGCUAUUUUGUCAUCAUCCUGAACCACAUGGUGUCGGCCGCAAUCUUUUCCCUGGUGCUGCCCAUCCUCAUCUUCCUCUGGGCCAUGAUGUCCGUCCCACGGCCCACCAAACGCUUCUGGAUGACCGCCAUCAUCUACACAGAGCUCAUCGUGUUGGUGAAGUAUUUUUUCCAGUUUGGUUUUUUUCCAUGGACUACAUCGGCUUACCGUGGCAUCAAUGCUGAUCGUCCAUUUGCAGUGCCCAACAUCGUUGGUGUGGAGAAGAAGGAUGGCUAUGUGUUAUUUGACCUGCUGCAACUUCUGGCACUUUUCUUCCAUCGUUCAAUUCUCAAGUGCCAUGGUUUAUGGGACAACAAAGAGGUGGAGAUGCCUGACUUCUUUAAGAAGAUGAAGAAGAAAACUGAAAAGAAAAAGAUGAAUGCAGGAGGAGGAGGAGGAGGAGGAGGAAGAGGGGGUGAAGAUGCCCUGGCCCCUCGGAGACGGCUACCCUUUCUGCCCCUGCAGGCGUCCACCACUUCCUCCUUGUUCAACAGAUUGGGGCGAAGCCAAAGCUCAGAGCAGCCAGAUGGUCAAAAGCCAAAGAAGCGCAAGUCUAAGAGGAAGAGGCAAGUUCCCAAAGUGCAGCUGACCCGCAAACAGAGGAUCCGUCAGCACAUCAGAGAGAGGGCUCUGGUGGUCAAAGCUGCCCUCAUUGAGGUUGGCCUACACAUCUACUUACCCAUCAGACAGUUCUUCUAUGACAUCAUCCAUCCUGAGUACAGUCCUGUGUGUGAUGUAUAUGCCCUGAUGUUCUUGAUUGAUGUCGUCAAUUUCAUAGUCAUCAUUUUUGGCUACGGGGCUUUUGGGAAACACAGUGCAGCAGCGGACAUCACAGAGUCAUUAUCAGAGGACCAGGUCCCAGAGGCCUUCUUGGUAAUGCUACUCAUCCAGUUUGGAACCAUGGUGGUGGAUCGGGCGCUGUACCUCCGCAAGACCCUUUUCGGAAAGUGUGUUUUCCAGGUUUUGCUGGUGUUUGGGAUCCACUUCUGGAUGUUCUUCAUCCUACCUGGAGUGACCGAACGGAGAUUCAAUAGUAACUUUGUUGCCCAGCUGUGGUAUUUUGUCAAGUGCAUCUACUUUGGCCUGUCUGCCUAUCAGAUCAAGUGUGGGUACCCGAACAGAGUUCUGGGGAACUUUCUCACUAAAAACUACAACUACCUAAACCUCUUCCUUUUCCAAGGGUUCCGGAUGGUUCCUUUCCUAACUGAGCUGCGUGCUGUAAUGGACUGGGUCUGGACAGACACGACCCUCAGCCUGUCCAGCUGGAUCUGUGUGGAGGACAUCUAUGCCAACAUCUUUAUCCUCAAGUGCUGGAGGGAGUCAGAGAAGAAAUAUCCACAUGUUCCUGGUCAGAAGAAGAAGAGCUUGGUGAAGUAUGGCAUGGGAGGAUUCGUCAUUUUUACUCUGAUCAGUAUAGUGUGGUUCCCUCUACUCUUCAUGUCAUUGGUGAAAUCUGUGGCUGGAGUCACCAAUCAGCCCUUAGGUGUCUCCAUUCAGCUCAGUAUUGCAGGAUAUGAGCCUCUGUUCUCCAUGACUGCCCAGGAACAGAAUUUAAUACCGUAUUCAGGAGCUGCUUAUAACCGACUGACCAACAAUUACGCCACUUAUCCGUCUGCAAUGCAGUUCUUGGUGGGUUACAUGCCUGAGGACAUUGUGGUGGCACAGAUAAAGAGUGAUGCUAGUCUCCAGUGGAGCAUCAGUCCAGCCAGUAGAGAUGCCAUGAUCCACGAGCUGAGCAACUCCACACAUAUUUACAUCACACUGCGUUGGAUGUUAUUACGGAAUGCCAGCCUUUCCAUGAAUGUUGAGACCGUGGGUGAAUAUACAGUCAAAUAUGAGGACAACAGUCUGAGAGAUGAGAUUGUCAAGAUGUUGAAAGGGAAUCACAGCAAUGUUGUGAUUAUAGAGUCUCUGCUGCCUAAAUAUAUACGAGGGCCCUCAGGACCAGAAGCAAAGAUGGCCAAUCGGCUGAAUGUAGAGCAUUCGGACGAUCCAGAUGACGUUCAGGACUAUGCUUUCUUCCGUCCCUUGGCUAUUAAACUUAAACAGAGUUCCGAGGGGUCACAGCCUGGGCCACAGUGGUGGGUAGUGGAGGAGUGUGCUCCAGCAUAUCCACCAAUGAAAUGCCACAGCAUUCAGCUGGUCAUCUUCAAUGACAAAGUCAGCCCUUCAAGUCUCAACUUUCUUGCAGGAUAUGGGAUCGUGGGUCUCUACAUGUCUGUCGUGCUUGUGAUUGGGAAGUUUGUGCGUGAGUUCUUCAAUGGCAUUUCUCGUUCCAUCAUGUUUGAAGAGCUGCCAUGUGUGGACCGUGUGCUCAAGCUUUGCACGGACAUCUUCGUUGUGCGUGAGACAGGAGAGAUGGAGCUGGAGGAGCAGCUGUUUGAGAAGCUCAUCUUCCUAUACCGCUCACCAGAGACUAUGAUCAAGAUGACCAGGGAAAAGAAAUACAACUAGCACAUUAUAACACUUUUUGUGUUAAAUGUUUUAUAAGCAUUUUUGUUUCCUGAGGUUGUUUACGAUAAUUACAACCAGAACCUCAGGGAGACCGUGAUGUCACAUCUCAGGCAAAGACAUUGUCUACCAGUCUGAUGACCAUAACUAAGUAUUGGGCAUUAACACUGAUUUGAUCCAUCAUAUCUGGUAAAGACAUGACCUUAUAUUUUUUCCCCCAGAUGAAAUGUCAUUUAGCUUAGUUCAAUAUAGCUGCCACCUGUACUGCAAAGUGUCUUAUGAAAUGUUGACCUGCUGGAUGUAGGCUAAAACUGCAGUUGCAUGCAUAUCUGCCAAACCUUCACCUGCUACCUCACGAGCAGGUGUUCUUUACCUUGAAUGUGGAGAGGAGGGGGGUAUCUAUUUGUACAGAAAGCCUGAAACACAUUGUGGCCCUUUUUAUGUAAAUAAAAAUGAACUGAAAACUAGAUGUACGUAUGCCACAAUCCCAUAUGUAUUAUGGCUCUACUGAAGUAUCACCAUUAAACUUGAAGGUGAAGUUAAUUCAA